CCAGUGGGAGCUCCAUGGGGAGGCGGCGGCGGCGCCGGCCCGACCCGGCGGACGCGGCCCGGGCUCUGCCCGAGGCCAUCGCUGCGUUGAGCCGGACGCUGCCCGCCGCGCCCAGCCCCGAGAUCUUCCGCCGCGCCAAGUUCGACCGUCCGGAGGCGGCCCCCGCGCUCUGGCGGCUGCUCUUCCGUGUGCUCUCGCCGCUGCCCGCCGACGGCGCCUUGGCCUCGCUCGCCCUGGAGGCUCAAGCCCGCUGGGUGAAGUCGGCGCUGCGCUCCCAGGGCUACCCGAGGCGGGCGCUGGUGCAGCUCCCGGACGAAGGCUCACAGGGUGGCCGCGAGCUGCUGCUGGCCCUGGCCUGGCUCCUGGCCCGCGGGCCCCUGCCCGAGCGGCUGCUGACCCAGAGCCACGUGCGGCUGGGCGACGAGAUGCCCGUGUGCGAGUGUGAGGCCCUGGCCAGCCCUGGCCUGCCUGCUCCCGGUGUGGAAGCAGAAGGCUGUGUGGACAUCCGCCACCUGCAGUGGCUGACGGGGAAGCUGCGGCUCCGGUGGCGAAACCUGAUGGCCGGUCAGCAGGAGCAGUGCGCCCUCCUGGGCAAGAUCCACUCAUACACCCGCGGCUGCCACAGUGACCGCAGCCUUGGCCACCUGUCUGUCACCGAAACGGAGCUGCUCAGAGACCCCGAGGGCGGCCGGCAGCUGUUGCAGCUGCUGGAGACAGAGAAUGCGCGGCUAGAAGCGGCCCUGGAGUGGCGUCGCCGGGAGCUGGUCUUCUGGCAGUGGAUGGACACAGUCCUGGAUGCCUGCUCCCCGGAGGACUCACCGCCCAUGUUUCUGCCCAGGAUCCCUGAGCCAGAGGCUGGAGUGGCGGGGCUGCUGGCGCGGGAGCUGCAGGCCUUGCAAGAGGAGCUGCGGGAGGCGGCAGAAGCCCGGCGGGCUGCCUGGCAGGCUACGGUUGGUGGCCACGGGCCCGAGUGGAGAGCUGCGAGGCGGGCCCUGCAGGCGGCCGUGGCGCAGGACCUGGCAGCCCUGCAGCGGUCCUGGGAGCAGGACGAGGGCCGGGCCCGGCCCCACGGGCCCCACCGGCUGGUGAGGACCGAGGCCAGGGUGCCUGGCGGCCCGGGCCUGCGGGCCGCCGAGGUGACGGAGGCGCUCAGGGCCCGGGAGGCCUGCCUGGAGGCAGUGCUGUGCCAGCUGCAGGGCCAAUGUCGGCAGGAGCUGGCCAGGCUGGCAGGAGCGAGGCCUGGCCUCAUCUGGGUCCCACCGCCCACACGCUGAGUGCUGCAGGCGCCCCACGUCCAGACGGCCUUGGACGGGCAGGGUCCAUCCCCAGCGGCGCAGGCUCUGGGCCCUGGGGCCCCACAUCAGGCAGAGCAUGCCUGCACCCUGCGGGCCUGGAGCAGGCCCGGGCUGUGCCCCCGAGGAGGUCGUGGCAGCCCCCCGCCAUGCGCCUCAGGCCUUGCUGAGCACUCGGAGGAACGCCGUGGAGGCCUGCUGGCAGAGCCGAGGCUCUAGCUGGCCUCUAUCUGGGGAAGCGGGCGCCCCUCAGGCCCGGGGGGCUGCCCGGGUGCUGGACAGACGGGCAGGGCCUGCAGCGCGGGGUGGGUGUGGGGCAGCGUGCCCUGGGUGCCCCUGCACAGCCCGCUUGGGCCAGCCUGUGCCUGGGACAUGUGCAGUGACGUGUGAGCGUCAGACCGGGAUGCCUGAUGGGAGCCCUGGGUUGGGGCUCUGCUCUGUCCCUGGGGGUGGUGCCCAGGGGCCCGGGAGGGAGGCCAGUGCGGACAGAGCGGCUUUGUUUCCGAGGCUGUUCAGGGGUGGGGCCCGGCCUGACAAAGAGCCCUCUGUCCGGGGAUGUCCCGCCGGAGCCGGCCUGUCCCCGUCACGGGAGCUUGGUUUCUCGUGCCCACACCCCACCUGCUGUGGGCACAGCCGGGGCCUGGCCUCCUGGGCCAGGCUGCCCUCUUCCCGGGUCCUCGGGCCCCCCAGAGUACGUUCUCCUUGGUACUUUGCCAUCCGUGGGGCACCAGCUGGUCUGGGCCUUUGUCCCGGGUGGGGGCAUGCCCAUGGCGCCUCUGCACUGGCCUCUGGAGCAUCGGCCAGACCCAGCAGUGGCGAGCGGACACCCCUGUGAGGACUGCCUGUCUGGCCCUACCCCGCGGCUGGCCCCUAGAGCAUCGGCCAGACCCAGCAGUGGCGAGUAGACACCCCUGUGAGGACCGCCUGUCUGGCCCUAUCCCGUGGCUGGCCCCUGGGUUCCCUGCACCCCCUCCCCGGCCGGAGCCCUCCCGCCAAGGCCGUGGCUCCCUGCUGCCUGCAGUUGGGGUCCAGGCACCUGACCCAGGCCCUCUGCCUCGGGUGUUGAGGCCACUUCUCAUCUCCCUGCCACCACCCUCCUGCCUGCUGGAUGGGAACAAGUCCAUGGAAGGACUCCCUGCCUCCUGUGGACUCCCUGGGGCUGCGAUGGCCACGGCCUUCGGGAACCCGAGCUUUAGAAACUCAAGUGGAAACUCAGUGCCUCGGGGCUGGCACUCCUCCGCUGACCUGCAGGCCCAGUACAGUUCAGCCAGAAGCCCUGUGUGUCUGUGGGACUCGGGGUGCUGACCCUGGAACACGUGGUGGCCCAUCCUGAGAGGCCAGGCUGGUGGGCGGCGGGCCCUCUGCGGUGACCCUGAGGCAGGAGCUUGCCCAGGUUGCGGGGUGCAGGCUGGGGCCCUGGGGUCGGGCUCCUCCUGCUGGGGUAAUAAGUGAGCAGGGUCCCCAUCCGGCCACUCCGGGGGGCUGAGGCCCAGUGGGCAGGCCAGAGGCCCCGGAGAAUGUGCCCUGGGCCGCAGGCCCCACCCGCUCCUCCUCGGACCCUCCGCUUCCUCUCCACCUCUGCACUCCCCCUGGCCUGCCAGCCACCAGAGUCCCCUUCUGUGUGUGAUGUGAUAGGCUCACAGGCUGGACCCCUGGGCUCAGACCCUGCCCACAACCCCGGCCUCGCGUGGGGCAGCGCAGGCCCGUGUGUGCCCUGGAGCCAGCCUGGCCUCCCACCUGCAGACACAGCCCUGCAGGAGGUGGGCACACCGCGCCCCGCUUGUUGGGGACUCACUUCAUUGAGGCGGAGGCCUGGUCACUGAAAGAAGCUGGAGCUGCAGCUCUUUGCGGUACCGGCCGUGUGUCAAGGCUGGAGUGGAGUGGAUGGAGCUGUCUGUCCAGGGGCCCCAGAAGAGAGGAAACAGGCAAUCAGAUGAACCUUCGCUGUAACCAGGGGCGACGGGCAGGGCCGCCUGUGGGUGAGGGGUAGGGCGGGGGCGGGGCGCCUGGAUUCCAACCGCGGCCCCCCAAGCCCCCUCAGGGACGUCUUUCGAGGUGGGCGUCCGCUGUCGCCAAGGGGAGAGGCAAGGAGCGAGGGUCACGGUACGCGGGCCCCCUGCCGAGGCCUCCUGGGGCCCAGGGGCCGAAGCACCGAGUUUUCUAGAAAACAAGCCUGUCGCAGAAGACGAGCAGAGCAGAGCAGCCGCGACUCGGGCAGGGAGGGCUCGCCCCCGGGGGGCCUCACUGGCGGUCACGCCGUGAAGACCCGUGCUUCCGCCGCAGGACGCGCCGCUUCCACCCUCGUGGCCUAAGAUCCUCGCGUGACGCGGCCAGAAAAAGGCGCUGGUCACGCGCGCGUGACUUUGGAGACGUUCAGCUCUGGGGUCCCACUCGCUCCUGGGUCACCUGUGGCGUCAGAAGGCAGGGCGAGGGCCCAGGUGCCCCCCGCAGCCGGGCAGCUCCGCCCCCCGCGCCCGGACUCUCAUCCCCGCCGCUCGUCUCCGUGGUCCUCCAGGCGCCGGACCUCCCUGCCCGCUGGCUGGCCCCCGUCUCCCUCGCCGUAUUUGCACUGGUCGGCCUUGGCCUGGGGGCGUGGCUGGCUAAUCAGGACCCGGCGGCCUGAGGGUGUCCCCCGAUCCCGCUGAAGUCCAGGUGCGGGUGGGCAGGAGCAUCUCGGAGCCGCAUGUAGGAGACAGUCCCUGUCGGUGGGGCCCAGCUGGCCACCCGUGCCCUCCCCGUGGGCGUGGCCGCUGCCCACGAGGUGCCCAGGAGCUCCGGGGGCCUCAGCUGGGUCCUGGCUGCCAAGCGUGGCGGGCAGCGGGCUCUCCGCUGGGCGGGGCGGGGCGGCGCUGAUUCUCCACUGUCUGGCAGCCAGGACCGCCGCGGUGCCGUGCCUGCCCUGGGGCUGGGGGUAGGCGGGGGCCACGCGGUGCCUGGGGGGGAGCGGACACCCGGACGAACCUGCAUAAGGGGUAGGGGCCUGCCCUGCGGGGGUGGGGGUGGGGCGACAGGGUGCUGAGCGUCCUGUCCAGGAGGGGCGUCAGGAAAGGGGGCGCUUCUGGGGAGACUGCGUGGGAGGGGCACGGACUGCAGGCUCUCCUGUCUCAGGUUGGCGGGGUGGUACCCUGCCCAGGGCCAGGUCCCGUCUUGGUUCUGAAGGGCCCCUCUGCCCCGGGUGGUCUGGGGCUCAGUGAAGGGUGGGUGAGGGUCUGGCUGGCGCCUGGGGUCUCUCGCUCUUGGCUGUGGGCGUGUCUGCUGGUGGCUUGCCUUUAAAGCUGUUUUUCUUCCUAUAGCCUGUCUCUUUUUUUUCAGCAGCCCUGUGUCUUCACGGUGGCCUGUCCAGCUGGGGCUCCAGGACUGGGUUGUGGUGUGUGGGACCUGAGACCCCCAGCGAGGGGCUGCACUGGGAGUGUGGGGUCUCAUCCACUGGGCCAACAGGGAAUUCCCUUUUCUGGUCUUUAUUUACAAGUCCCGUCUCUCCCCCUCCCAUUUAGGGACAUGUUUAAAUCGUGGU